AUGUUAGAAGCCUACAGAAUUCAGUGCUGUGACUAGUAGAGAAUAUUUUAUACCAACUCUUAGGAUUUAGGUUGUAUAUGCAAAUAAAUCAAAAUAGAGAAUGAUGAAGGAUUAUUCUUCUGGUUCUAUAGUUUGAUGUUUUUAUCAAGGGUACUGCUAUAUUCUAAAAACCAUAUGAUCUGGUACAGAGUUGGGAGUAGGAUACUCAGUUUGUUAGAGUAUAUUAACAUAGGAUAAUAACUCAAUACCAAUAAUUCAAAUGUCAUUGUAAUUAAGAUAGUCCUUGAUUAAAUGGAGUGA